AUGGAGAAUACCGUAUCAUCACAUUCUCUUUGUCUCAUUCUGUUGCUGUUGUUUACGACUCACCAAGGUGCCAUGGAUAUUCUCCAGAUUGAGAAACUGUGUGCCGAUCUGUCUUUGGCUGAUGAGGAGGUUGGCGGAUUGGAUGCACCCGAUUUGCAUACGACGCCCGACGGGUCGAUUCACCAUAAUCUGGUUGGUCGCCUUCUCACGGAUCGGCAGGUCCGGUUCGAUCACUUGCAACAGGUUCUUGCGUCCGUGUGGCGUCCGGUCAUGGGUAUGUAUGCAGUUUCGCUAGCGGAAGACCUUUUCCUCUUCCAGUUUCCGCAUCCGAGGGAUCUCCAGCGCGUGGUUGAUGAUGGCCCGUGGUCCUUUGAGAAUAAUCAUCUGAUUCUAGAACAGGUUCCGACGGGUGUUCUGCCGGAGGAGGUGAAGCUGGAUUCUGUCCCGUUUUGGAUUCAGAUUCAUGGACUGCCCACCAUGUAUGCCUCAUCCGAUUUCCUCGCGAAGAUCGGAGAAUAUGUGGGUGAUUUCAUCGCAGUCGACCCUUUCAAUUUUGGAGGGGCAUGGAAGAGCUACUAUCGCAUCCGUGUUCGGCUACAUGUCACGUCUCCUCUAAAGCGACGUAUGCGUCUGAAGCGUCGGGAUGGCACCAUACAGUGGAUCACGUUCAAAUAUGAACGCCUGAGUACUUUCUGUUACUGCUGUGGUGUUUUAGGCCACUCUGACAAGUUUUGCAAAACUGUGUACGAGGAGGGUGUUUUGCCAGAAGCAUUUCCGUUUGGCGCCUGGAUGCGGGCAGGACCGAGACGCCAAGUCAAACCGAUUGGAUCGAAAUGGCUAUUGCAGACCCCCAAUUCAGCGCCGGAACCGUCCACUCUCCCUCCGGCUGGACCAUCCCCGGCUACUCUGGUGGGACUAGAGGAAACUGGAGGGCUGCAGGGGGACCUAAAGCGCAGACGUGAGGAGGAGGAGUCUGAGGUUGUUGGCAGAGACGUGUUGAUGACUGAUACAACGAAGCAUCAUGGACAGGCGAGUCUGGCGGACCAGACUCGCCAAGACCAAUGA